CAUCGCAUCGCAUCGCGCGCGCGAGGGCGCUGCUUCGUCCUGGCCGAUCCGGUAAGCUGCCAGAAUGAGAUUCUCGGCAAUGUAGGACAGGAGAUUUGAGCAUCGAGGAUUGCCAAACUCUAGAACAAACGGAGCAAACACUCUCUUCACGAUGUCUGGAAGAAUUUCGAAUGCUUUGAUGCUGGAAGGACUUCGCUGGAUCCUAAAGUUCUCACAGGCGAUACGAGAACUUAUGGUACUACCGGCAACGCUCAUCAGCUCGAGAGAAGCGCUUGCCUCGCGGCGCUAAAGUCGUGCUCCAGAGCUAGAGACGUCGAAAGUGGCCGGCAAAUCCACGCGAACGCGAGAGAAAGUGGUGUGGAUUCGGACUCUCACGUAGCUAGUAGCUUGGUGGCGAUGUACAUGAAGUGUGGGAGCGUGGUGGAAGCACAGCAGGCCUUCGAUAGGAUUCCUCGCCCCGACGCAGUGUGCUGGAACGCUUUGAUCUCGGGCUAUGCGGAAAAUGGCGAGGCCGAGGUGGCCUUGCAGCUCUUUCGAUCGAUGCAACAGUGCUGCGGAGCAAGCCCUCGAACUUUUGCCGCUGCGCUCGCUGCGUGCUCCACUCUCGCAGCUGCCGAAGAAGGCCGGAAAGUUGAUGGGAGGAUGGUGAAAGUUUUUUCGCUGCAACGAGGCAUGGGAGUUCAUCGUCAAGCCGAGGCUGGGAUGGGAAUAGAUGCUAUCCAUCGCAACGUCUACGUGGGGAAUGCUCUCAUCGACAUGUACGUGAAGUGCCGGAGCAUGGUGCGUGCUCAAGAGGUUUUCGACAGGAUGAAGACUCGGGAUGUGGUCUCGUGGAACGUAUUGAUGCUCGGCUACGCACAGGGUGGUGAGAACGAGGAGCUAGCUCUCGAGAUGUUUACGAAGAUGGUGUCGUCCCGAGGCUGUCAGCUCGAUAGCUGGAGUGUUGUUGCUGCUCUCAAGGCCUGUAGCAAUCUCGCAGCCAAGGAAGAAGCUCGGAAUCCACAGGAGAAGCUCAGGUUUCUAGUCACGGGUGUGGCGAUCCACGGCACAGCCGAGAGACUGGGAUGUGACUCAAACAUAUUCGUGGCCAACGCUCUUCUCAACAUGUACGCAAACUGUGCAAGCAUGGUGGAUGCGAGGAGAGUUUUCGAUAAGAUGCAGCGCCGGGAUGUGGUUUCCUGGAACACGAUCAUCCUGGGCUAUGCUGAGAACGAUGAGGGAAAGAUGGCCCUUCAACUCUUUGGAGAUUUGCUACACUCUCGGUGCUGUGUACAGGACAGGCUGACUUUGGUGGCUGCGCUUAAGGCUAGUUGUACCCUCUCGACUCAAGAACAGGGAAGGCAAGUCGAUGGGACGAUCGUGAAGCUGAGUUCGCUGGAAGCAGGAAUGGCGGUACACUCGCUGGUAUCAGAGCGAGGCUUUGAUCUGGAAGACUUGUACGUGGCAAACUGCUUGGUCGACAUGUAUGGGAAGUGUGGGAGCAUGGCCGAUUCUCGCAGAGUUUUCGACCGUGUGAAGCAUCGCGACGUUGUUAUCUGGAACGCAGUGAUCUCGGGAUACGCACAGAACGACGAAAGUGAGGCUGCUCUAGAGCUGUUUGAGGCUCUCUUGUGCGAAGGUGUUUCUCCAACCAGCUUGACAGUCGUUGCGGCUUUCAAGGCUUGCGGCAGUCUCGCAGCUCAGAACAAGGAAAGCGAUCGAAUGAGAGCAUUGGAAAUCACCAUGGCUGUUCAUCGUGAAGCUGUGACGAAGCUGGAAGCCUCCGAGUGGGACGCUUACAUGACGAGCAGCUUGAUCGAUGCGUACGCCAAGUGUGGGAGUCUGGCGGAUUCCAGCAAAGUUUUCUCGAGCAAUACCGGCCAGCUUCGCAACGUGGUCUCGUGGAACGUCUUGAUCCUGGGCUUCGCGGAGAACGGCGAUGCUAGACGAGCUUUGAGGCUGUUCCACAGGAUGAGACGCGAAGGCUGCCGACCAAACGCAUCAACGUACGUCGCGGUACUAAAAGCUUGCAGCAACAGUAUUCCUUCGAGUCUAGACCUUGGGAGCGAAGUCAAGGCUCUGAUCUACCGUGGAGGCUUUGAGAACGAUGGAGUUUUGGCUGGAUCCCUGGUUGACUUUCACGGCAAAGCGGGAGACAUGGUUUCCGCUCGCCAGGUAUUUGACUCGCUAGCGGGAGAUGGUGACGAGGCCUGGAGUGCGUUGAUCGCCGGAUACAGCAGGCAAGGGGACGCAAGCCAAGCGCUGACGCUGUUUCACGAGAUGGUAAACGCUGGCAUCAAACCGAAUGGUAUCACAGCUCUCGCAGUUCUAACCAGCUGCAGCCAUGCUGGUUUCGUCGAGGCAGGGAAGAAGUUCUUCCACGAAAUGCCAUCCAGAUAUGGCAUCGUCCCCGAAGUGGAACACUUCCACUGCGUUGUCGAUCUUCUCAGCAGAGCAAACCAGCGGGAAGAAACUCUCGCGCUGGUUCAAGGUAUGACGAAGCGCUGGAACUUUGAAGCUAACGAAGUAACUUGGACUACCAUUACAGAAACUCGCGGAGUGGAAUCCAGGAGUGGAGACGCUAUGCUUGUCGCGAAGCAAGAAUGGCCGUUGUGAUGUGUGAAAGCUCUCCCGUUUCGUUUCAUGUCUCCCAGUCUUCACAGUCUUCAAGCAUUAUGUCGGACAAAUUCUGCUGAAAAUGGGAUUUUUUUUUUUUUUCAGCAUCUUCUAAACAACAAGAAAAACUUGCUAGCAUAGCCCAGCAUAGAAUCAAAUAUAUGUUUAGCUUCUUCUAAAUACCCACUCUUGGUAUA